AUGCGGAGGCGGGGCAUCCGAGUCCAACAGAGACCGAGAGAAAAAGGAGGAGAGGAAUUUCGAAAGCUUAAAACGUACUUUGGUUAUAUCACUCAGAUUUGUUCAGGAAGCUGCCAGAGCUGCAGCUCUCUGAAGAUGGAGGAGCUCUGCUUUCCACAACUGCUCAACACCUCCUGCAGAAAGCCCACCUCUCCUUGGGCCAACUUUGUGCUCCUUAACAUUGUGCUGUACUUUAUCUCUCUGCUCACUGUGGCUCUUAACCUCCUUGUCAUCAUCUCAGUCUCCCACUUCAGGCAGCUCCACACACCCACCAACAUCCUCCUCCUUGCUCUGGCUGUCUCAGACUUUCUCGUGGGCCUCCUGGUGAUACCGGGAGAAGUCCUGCUAAAAACAUCCUGCUGGUUUCUUGGUGACCUCUUGUGUUUGCUCUAUAAUUAUGUGUCCUUCAUCAUUACGUCUUCUUCGAUAGGAGACAUGGUGCUCAUAUCAGUCGACCGCUAUGUGGCUAUUUGUGACCCUCUGCAUUACACCACCAGAGUCACUGUGAAAAGAGUUAAACUCUGUGUGUGUCUGUGUUGGCUCUGUGCUGUUUCUUACUGCAGUCUCUUGUUAAAGGAUGACCUGACUCAACCAGGCAGGUAUAAUUCCUGCCAUGGAGAGUGUGUGAUUGUCAUUAACCACACUGCAGGAGUUGUUGACCUUGUUGUAACCUUUAUUGUUCCCAUUUCUGUCAUUGUCGUUCUGUACAUGAGAGUAUUUGUUGUGGCUGUGUCUCAGGCUCGUGCCAUGCGCUCUCACAUCACAGCUGUCACACUCCAGCUUUCAGUGAAUCAACAAACAAAGAAAUCUGAGCUGAAAGCAGCCAGGACUCUUGGUGUUCUUGUAGUUGUGUUUCUAAUAUGUUUCUGCCCAUUUUACUGUGUCGCUCUUGCAGGUGAUGCCUUGGUCAGUUCUUCAUCUGCAUGGCUUUAUCUGUUCUUUUUGAAUUCAUGUCUUAAUCCACUGAUCUAUGCCUUGUUUUUUUCCUGGUUUAGAAAAGCAGUUAAACUCAUUGUCAGUCUUCAGAUUCUGCAGCCUGGCUCCUGUGAGACGAACAUACUGUAGAGAGGCUGUGGAGUGACUGAAAUGAGGCCUGCUCCACCAAGGUUUUGAAUUGAAAAUCACAAAAAACUUUGGUAACACUACAUAAUACGGCCCGCGUCCUUAGUGUGUACCUCCCGUUCACCUACCACCUACUUUAACCCAACUUCCACAGACGUACAGUGUAACUUCCCGCACUCACUUCCCACACGUAUUUCCCCGUGUCUUACAGUAUAACUAGGCUGCUUCUUAGAGCAUACCUCCCGUUUCAACCUGAUCUCACAGAAAUACGUGGCAGCACGUAAUGGGUUGAAAUUACGUGCCGGUACCACGGAAACAAUGCCAAUGUAAAGUCGAUUAGGAUUCUUUUUCGUGGUGGACACACGAAUUCCCUGAUUCAACAACGUCCUGUAUAGACACAAAAACACUAAAGUGUUCUUGAUAUUAAAACGGCAAAUAUAUUCCUCUGUUAUAAUUUCCCACAAAUAAUACUAAUAAUAAUAAUAAUACUAAUAAUAAUAAUAAUAACAUGAUAGUUCGGCUGUACUAGAUAUUUGAUAUAUUCAAAUAUUCAGUCCCAAAAAUGCCGUUUCUAGAUAACUUGCUAAAAUAUCUGAAGUUAACCAUCAUCCUUGCUUCUUCUUAACAUAUUUUAUCUAGAUGCAGUGUCAUUACUAGUUCAGCUUUACUAGACUUUUGAUAUAUUCAGUAGAUGUAUCUUUUUACGACUCUAUUUUACAACAAGCCGCAAAAACCUACCGUCCCAAAAACGCCAUUUUUAGAGUACUAUCGAAAAUAUCUGAAAUUAGCCUACAUCCUUGCUUUUUUUCUUAACAUAGUUCAUCUAGGUGCAGUGUCAUUACUAGUUCUGCUUUACUAGAUAUUAGAUAUAUUCAGUAGAUCUAUCUUUUUACGACCCUAAUUUACGACCCUAUUUUACAAGCCGCAAAAAAACCUGCCGUCCCAAAAAUGCAGUUUCUAGCGUAUUAGCUAAAAUAUCAAAAAUUAGCCGACAUCUUUACUUUUUCUUAACAUAGUUCAUCUAGGUGCAGUGUGUUUAGUGUUUUAGUUCGGCUUCACUAGAUAUUAGAUAUAUUGGGUAGAUAUAUCUUUUUACAACCCCAUUUAGAAACCUACUUUGCAAAUCAGAAGAACUACAACUAUGUUGCUGAUAUGUAUCAAGCUGCAUGGAGCGGUCCCAGGGAAUUGUAGGAAAUUGUAGUAAAAAAUAUAAGUGUUUUUCCCAGAUUUGGAAGUUGUAAAUACUGAAUUGAGAGUACACUGUGGACUUUAAGGGGAUGGUAAACACACUUGUGUAAUCAGAUUUUAAAUAUCUAAUUUCUAAAUGGGUGAAAAUUAAUUGUAUCCAUAUUUUAUCCAUAUCUGACAGCACCCCCAGUUGUUUAUGACACUCACAUGAUAGUUGAGGUCAAGAGCUCUCUAUAACAGUUGGUCCCAUGUCUGCACCCCCUUUUGUUGCUGAGUUAUAAGCCCUCAAACAUGCACUGAGGUCAAGGUUCAAAGGUCAAUGGCUGAAAGCAGGAGCCAUGUAGAAUCAUCAUACUAACAUAUGUUACUCUUUCCAAUGAUGUAUUUGGUUUAGCUCUACGACAAAGUUUUGAUUUUUUCUUUUUUUGUACACAAGCCAUGCCAGGUGUAGUUUCAGAGAGGACUUUGAAGACCCAGUGUAUAAAAUGAUUUUUGUUUUUUGCUUGUUUUUCUCUUUUAUACUGUAGAUAGUUACUAAAAUGAGUCAUCCUCAGACAAUACAAUACUACUAAAAAGUAAAACCAAUAAUAACAAUAAUGAAAUAAACAAAAUUAUUUUAUUAAAAUUAUAUUGAAAUUUUAAAAUCUAUUUACAGAGUGGAAUGGUAGCCUAAUAGAUAACUUGGAUACUAUUUAUUAUUGUUUAGACACUUUAUUAUUGCUUAGAUACUAUUUAGCCUAUUUGUUAUGGUCUGCUUUUGAUGCAUGUUUUGGUGGCGGCUCUUGUGUUUUUCUGUUUGUUUUCCUGUCCUUCCUGGACCUGCAUGGCUGGUGUGUGGAGGAGGCAGGGCUGACCUACUUUUCCACCAUGGGCGGUGAAGCACACCUGGUUUCCAUCUCACCUUGUCAACCUAGCUAUAAAGCCUGCUCUGACUUCACCUUUUGCCAGAUAAUGCCGUCUCAUUCGGUAGUGCGUCUCUCGUUAGAGCCUUUAUCAUCUCGUGAGUAUUUUUUGCUUUUUUCUCUCGUGGACCAACCCCACUGACUUGUGCUUUUGUCUCUGUUCUUUGUAGUAUACUGCCUCGCCGCCUUUCGUUCUCCGGAGCCCUUGCCUCCAGCCACCACCGGGCAGCUGAUUUCUCCCUGCAGACGUUUUUGUGUUU